ACUACUUCAGAAACCAACCGUCUAUCCUCGCGUGCUGUGCUCGAAGCAGGUCUCACAUUCGGCCUUAAAAACGGACCGCAGACGGACACAAACCAGCAGAACGAGGAAGCGGUGCAUAGAGCGACGUUAAGAUGCCGCACAACUUCCGGCCCGGCGAUCUUGUCUUCGCUAAAAUGAAGGGAUAUCCCCACUGGCCGGCCCGGAUUGAAGAUGUUGCAGAGGGGGCUGUGAAACCACCACCUAAUAAAAUUCCCAUUUUCUUCUUCGGGACCCAUGAAACAGCAUUCCUUGGACCCAAGGAUCUUUUUGCAUAUGAAGAGUACCAAGACCGGUACGGGAAGCCCAGCAAAAGGAAAGGGUUCAACGAAGGCUUGUGGGAAAUCCAAAACAAUCCACAUGCGUCUUACAGUGCACCUGUGUCUGAAUCAUCAUCUGACAGCGAGGACAACGAACCUGCAGCAGCAAGUGAUGCAGGAGAUGAUGAGGAAGCAGUGGUACCAAGGAAAGCAGAAACGGGAAGUGAUGAUUCCAACUCUGGGAGGGAAGAUCAAAGGAAGGCAGCCGUGAAGCGGAAAGCUCCUGCUGCAAAGAAGCCGCCGGUGAAGAGAACACGACCAUCAUCCAGCGAUCGAGAUGGAGAGGAGAGUGGAUCUCCAUCAGAACCAAAACCAUCGGCAAGUUCUGACUCCGAUUCCGGCAAAAACAGUGACCAGGACUUCACACCACAGAUAGAGUCAGGUGGUCGAGGUGGCAAGAAGCCAGCUGGCAAAGGCAGAGGAAAGAAGGCGGCAUCAGUUUCUGAUUCGGAUUCGGGCUCCCAGUCAGAUCCCAGGGCCGCCGGGAGUGACUCAGAAGAUGAGAAGCCACGACCGGCCAUCUCUGGAUCAGAAUCACAAUCUGGAUCCAAAUCUGACUCCGAUUCAGAACCACCUCCCAGGAAAGGCCCUCAAAGGCGCAAGAAAGCUGAGAAACCUCCACCAAAGCCACGAGGAAGGAAACCCAAACCAGCUCCAGAGAGAGCGCCUUCAACAUCUUCAGACGAUAGUGACAGCGAGACGGACCGUGUCAGCGAGUGGAAGAAGAGAGACGAGGAGCGACGGAAGGAACUGGAGGAGAAAAGGAAGAGGGAGGAGGCUGAGGAGCUUCGUCGGCUCCGGGAGCGAGAGAAAGAAGAGGAGGAGAAAAGGAAGAAGGAAAAGGAGACCAAAGGCAGGAGAGGCAGCAGCAGCAGUAGUAGUAGCAGCAGCAGCAGCUCGGACGAUGAAGUGGACGAUCAUCCCCUCAAAAAAUCGAAGAAACCUCCACCUCCCCCGAUCCCUGCACCAUCAGACUCUGAUUCCCCUGCUGAGGUGAAAAAAUCUGCCAAGCGUCAAGACAGCCGGAAAGGGCGACAAAAUAAAGAGGUGAAAGAGAAAAAGGAGAGGCAGAUAAAAGAAAAGAAGCCACAUAGAUCAGAGGAGAAACACAAAACAAGACCUAAGCCUGAGAAGCCGAAAAGAAGACCAGUGCGUCGACCUGAAAAGACAGUUGAGAAGAAAAAAGAACCCUCUCCUGAAGAGAAACUACAGCAGCUCCACACAGACAUCAAGUUUGCACUGAAGGUUGACAACCCAGACAUUGAGAAGUGUCUACAGGCCUUGGAGGAGCUCGGUUCUGUACAAGUGACCUCUCACAUCUUACAGAAAAAUGCUGACGUUAUUGCCACACUCAAAAAGAUUCGCCGAUACAAGGCAAGCGGUGAAGUUAUGGAAAAGGCCACUCAUGUUUACAACAAAUUGAAACUCCAGUUUGUUGGCAAGACUGAGUCCGGUAAACCAAAACCAGAUGAAAAGAACCAAGAAAGCAAUGCAAAUGAUACACAAAACACAGACUCCAAACCAGUGAACGGGGAGUCAGAGAAUGAGAGAAAAGAGGUUUCUGAAUCCAAAAGUAGUCCAAAGCCCACAGUCCAAGAGAACCAGGAUGAGAACAAAUCCCCAAACACCAUCAGGCCUAAUCCAGAUAGCCCAACAGAGCAGCAGUCACUCAAUGACUCUACAGAUCCUGAUCCAACAGCAGAUACAGAAGCAGUAAAAGAGGACUGCAAAGAACAGGAAGAGCAGAUGUCUGAUGAGAGCUGAAUGGUGAAUUGCUGUCAGUGAUACAUGAACUCUGGACUGCAUCCCUCUUUUAAACUUACAAACACAUUCUGGCUUCCUUCAUUUGUGUUGCUUUUUGUCUGCCCAUUUUUGUCAGCUACAUGAGUUAUGUGACAUGAACAUUGUUAGCACUUUUUAAUUAAAGAUGUUAUGAGUCUGACAGGCACCUUAAUAUAAUGUUUGAUGUGGUGGAAAUGAUUCUGCACUGACAACAUUUGUUCAAUCGAGGGAGAAAGUUUUAUUUUAGAACCACACAGACGUGAAGGGGAAAACAUCAAAGCCCAAAAGGAUUUCAGGACUGCUUGUACUAUGAAGCUGCCUUUUUAUGAGUGAAACUUUUUUCUUUUUUUUUCUUUUGUUUUUGUAUGAAAAAUGAAAAUGUAAAAAAAAAAAAAAAAAGCAAUCUGGUUUUGCAUUGAUCAAGAAGA